CGGCCGGAUGCCUCGGCGCUGUGCUCUGAGCAGCUCUCCGCUUCUGUCCCAGGAGGAACUGACUUUCCGCCGUUUACUGACGUUGUCUCCAGCCUCAGUCGCUCGCCUCCUCGCCGAUUUGCCGAUUCCGCGGAGCUCAGGAGCUCUUUCUAGGGACCCAGUCUCCCUUUUUGAAAAAAAGAUAGAGGAAGAGAGGAUGGUGGCGGACUGCCUGACGAACUGCUAUCAGGACUCGGUGACCUUCGAGGAUGUGGCCUUGGACUUCACCCAGGAGGAGUGGGUUUUACUGGACCAAAGUCACAGAGACCUCUACAGAGAGGUGAUGUUGGAGAACUACGAGAACCUGGCCUCCAUGGGGUGUGAGCUCGUCAAACCCAGUCUGAUCUCCUGGUUGGAACAUGAAGAGGAUUGGAGGACAGGGCAGAGAGGAGGUCCCCGAGAAUGGGAAAUGCAACUUAGCACCAAGGAGGCAGCAUUACAGCAGGACUUUUUGAGGGGACAAACUUCAAAUGCAUUACCAACAGCAGGAAGUCAAAGUGCAGGGGAACUCUGUGACUAUACUCAGUGUGGAGAAAUCUUCAGUGAACACUCAUAUUUCAAGACACACAUGAAAACUCAAAAUAUAUGGAAUGCAGGAAGUUUUACGCACUCCGAGGGCCACGCUGCGCCUGUUCAAAUGCACACCAUAAAACACUAUGCUUGUAAGACUUGUGGAAAAGCCUUUGGGCGUUCUUCAAACCUUAAUAGGCACAUGCGAACCCACACUGGGGAGAAACCCUAUGAGUGUAAGGAGUGUAGGAAGCCCUUCACCACUUACUCGAGGCUAGUGGAACAUUUCAGAACGCACACUGGAGAGAAACCCUACAAAUGCAAAGAUUGCGGAAAAGCCUUCACUAAGCGCUCAGGCCUUAUUACUCACGUACCCACACAUGCUUCCGAGAAACCCUAUGAGUGUAAACAAUGUGGGAAAGCCUUCGCUUCAUCCCCACGCCUUUCCCAACACAUCCGAACCCACAGUGGAGAGCGACCCUACAUAUGUAAGGAGUGUGGGAGAGCUUUUCUUACUUCCUCCUACCUUCGCAAUCAUGUAAGAAGAACGCACAGCGGAGAGAGACCCUACAUAUGUGGGGACUGUGGGAAAGCCUUCCACUCUUCCUCAUACCUACGCAGACAUGUAAAAACUCACAGUGGAGAGAGACCCUUCACAUGUAAGGAAUGUGGGAGAGCCUUCCUUACGUCCUCCUACCUCCAUAACCAUGUGAGAAAAACUCACAGUGGGGAGAUCCCAUACAUAUGUGGGGAGUGUGGGAAGGUCUUCCACGCGUCCUCAUACCUACGCAGACACGUGAGAACUCACAGCGGAGAGAGACCCUAUAUAUGUAAGGAGUGUGGGAAAGCCUUCCUCAAUGUCUCUUACCUGCGUAAGCAUCUCACCAUUCACACUGGAGAGAAACCCUAUGAGUGUCAGGAAUGUGGGAAGGCCUAUAAUAGGUGUAAUCUGCUCAAUGAACACUUAAAAACUCACACAGUGGAAAAGCCGUUUGAUUGUCAUGUAUGUGGAAAAUCCUUUCAGUAUUUCUCAUACCUUACUAAGCACGUUCGUAUUCAUACUGGAAUAAAGCCCUAUAAAUGUAAGUACUGUGGGAAAGCCUUUACCACCUCCUCAAGCCGAACCGAACAUGUCAGAAGUCAUACUGGGGAGAGGCCCUAUGAAUGUAGGGAAUGUGGGAAAACCUUCACUUCGUCCUCAAACCUAAUUCACCAUGUAAAAAUUCACACCCGAGAGAAGCCCUAUAGUGUGAGGAAUGUGGGGAAGCCUAUAGCAGCAUUUGCCUACUCAGUGACCAUUUAGUGACUCACACACAACAGAAAUGCCGUGACUGGGAGGAAUGCCAAAAAUCCUUUAGGAAUUCCUCACAUCUUAAUCCUCACAGUGGAAUUUA